AAAGUCAAUCUCUCCGCGGAUUAACCAACGCGCACACACUCUCAUUUCCCUCGUCCUCGUCGCUUUCCUUUCCACCUCCAUGGCCGGCGACGGCAGCGACGGCGGCGGCGCGGCGGGCCACGCGCACGUGCACGGCGCGUCGGGGCGGCUGGAGAGCAUCCUCUCCGACACGUCCACGCCGCUCGCCCGGCGCGCGUGGGCGGCGACCGCCAUCGAGCUCGGCCUCCUGACGCGCAUCGCCGCGCCGGCGGUGGUGAUGUACAUGAUAAACUACCUCAUGUCCAUGUCCACGCAGAUCUUCUCCGGCCACCUCGGCAACCUCGAGCUCGCCGCCGCCUCCCUCGGCAACAACGGCAUCCAGAUGUUCGCCUACGGCCUCAUGCUGGGAAUGGGAAGCGCGGUGGAGACGCUGUGCGGGCAGGCGUUCGGCGCCCACAAGUAUGACAUGCUCGGAGUCUACCUGCAGCGCUCCGCCGUGCUCCUCACCCUCACUGGCGUCCCGCUCGCCGUCGUCUACGCCUUCUCGGAGCCGCUCCUCGUCUUCAUGGGUCAGUCGCCGGCGAUCGCCCGCGCCUCCGCCAUCUUCGUCUACGGCCUCAUCCCGCAGAUCUUCGCCUACGCCAUCAACUUCCCCAUCCAGAAGUUCAUGCAGGCGCAGAGCAUCGUCCUGCCCAGCGCCUACAUCUCCGCCGCCACGCUCGCCCUCCACGUCCUCCUCAGCUGGCUCGUCGUCUACAAGGUCGGCCUCGGCCUGGUCGGCGCCUCGCUCGUGCUCAGCGUCAGCUGGUGGGUCAUCGUCGCCGCGCAGUUCGCCUACAUCGUCGCCAGCCCCACCUGCCGCCACACCUGGACGGGCUUCACCUCCCAGGCCUUCGCCGGACUCUGGGACUUCCUCAAGCUCUCCGCCGCGUCCGCCGUCAUGCUCUGCCUCGAGUCAUGGUACUUGCAGGUCCUCGUGCUCAUCGCCGGCCUCCUCCCCAACCCUGAGCUUGCAUUGGACGCUCUAUCCGUCUGCAUGACGAUUUCUGGCUGGGUGUUCAUGAUCUCGGUAGGAUUCAACGCUGCUGCAAGUGUGAGAGUGAGCAAUGAGCUUGGUGCGGGCAACCCCAAGGCUGCAUACUUUUCGGUGUGGGUCGUCACUGGCUCAUGUACAAUUGUCUCUGCCAUCCUUGCGGCAGUGAUCCUCUGCCUCCGCAACUACAUCAGCUACUUGUUCACAGAGGGGGAGGUGGUGUCGAAUGCGGUGGCAGAUCUCUGCCCGCUCCUCGCCAUCACCCUCAUUCUCAAUGGAAUCCAACCUGUUCUGUCCGGAGUGGCUGUUGGAUGUGGAUGGCAACAGUUUGUAGCGUACGUGAACAUUGGUUGCUACUACAUCAUUGGUGUUCCACUUGGAGUUCUUCUUGGGUUCGUCUUCAACCUCGGUGUAAAGGGUAUCUGGGGUGGGAUGCUUGGAGGAACAUGCAUGCAGACAGCCAUUCUUGUCUGGGUCACCUUGAGAACUGAUUGGAAAAAAGAGGUGGAGGAAGCACAGAAAAGAUUGAACAAGUGGGAUGACAAGAAGGAGCCACUUCUCGCCGGGAUGAGGGACAAUAACUAAGUGGAUCGAUCAAGAUUUCUCCUCAAUUCAACCUGUCAUUAGUUUUCUUUGACUCUCGCACUCAUGAGCCUGGCGCAUUCGGACUUCGGAGGGAGAUGAUCAGGCAUCAGAGCUGAGACACCACUGAAAGAGGUGCUUCAUAGUAGUGCUCAAAUCUGGUAUACAAUAACAUCAGGUCAUUUUUUUUUACUAUAUUUUGAGACAUCUGGAUGUGGGAAGCUGGCCAUUAAAAUUUCAGAAAUUUUGCAAUGCAAUGGGAGAUGUAAAAUUGAACUGUUUCGAGGAAGCGACACAGCGUCCGAUGUCGGACAGUGUUGUGGCAUAUUAUCGAGAAAUGUUUCAGAUGUUUCAUC